GGACAACACCACGGAGUCCCCCUUUACAGCAUCAGUCUCUCACUCACCAGCGGGUAGCCUCCCGCUCCAUCUUGCUUGCCAUGGCUGCCUCGGCCUCACCCACGGCAAUGUCACACCCAAUUCCCCUCCGUUCUCCCGACAGCCCAACGGUCGGCCUCGCCCAUCCGACGCCUGAUAUCGGGCCAUAUACCAGCAACAUUGAGAGGCUGGAGGAACAUGCAGAGCGGAUGAGCUCUCGAGGAUCCGAUAUCGGCGAGGAAAUCCGGAAGUUGCAGCGCGAGCAGAAGUUAUCAGACAGCCGCAGGUCGUCACUGCAUUCAGGUGUUACUGAGGAAGGGGCGAGGCCCUUCAGCUCGAGAAGCCGCAACGCCUCAACUAGCUCGUAUGCAAACUCAAUCGUAGACGUCAAUGGUGCGGCACGGUGGGGCGGUUACUCUCCUGGGGCCUUCGUCACUUCCCCGGUGGGGUCCCUCCGCUCCGCAACUUCCUUCAACCAGACACAGUUGCAGCGGCAGCGCUCGGGAUCAAGGGCAUCGCGACUCGGCCAGGUUGUGCACACCGAAGAAGACGAUGGCGAGCCGCAAGCUCAUCGCAGUAGCCCUGGCUCACCACAGUCACACAUAUCCGCUUCCGGACAGCAUUCCGUGUCGUCCUUCACAAAAACGCACGACCAGAUGAUACAGGAGAUUCAGGAUGGUCUCCAACAUGUCCCUUCCCAUGAUCAACACGUGGAGCACAUGCAGCAGGAGCGCUUCAUGGACGAGCACGACUACCCAGAUCGGCCGGCGACCGCAGCUUCCACCGACACAUCCCACCAGGCCCGAACACUGUGGCAGGACUUCGACGGGGCGCACUGUCCCGAUACUGUCUAUGAGGAAGAACCCGAGCCGCCCUCCGGAGGUGGCAGCCGGAACUCGUCCCUGUUGAGGUCUGUUCCUGACCUCCCGCCCCAAGUCGUGCCUCCCCCCGGGGAGAAUAUGGUCUUCUACCCCGCCCCAGUCCCCAAGAUGCUUAAUCUCCCCAAGCGUCUCUCACAGAUGCCAGCCGCCAACGUCCAGGCCCGGCGACGCACCCAGUUGCUGGAGUCUAUGCAAACAGACAACAGGAAGUCUGCAGCUUGGCUGCCGGAUGAUGUCGGAGCAGAGGCUUCCAAGCAGAACAGAAAGAGUAGGAUGAGUCUGGCGAACCUGCCUCCUCAACUGCGAGCGAGUGCUUACUUCGAUCAAGUUGGGCCCGCUCAAGAGUUUGAGGUCAAAGGUGAAUCCGCUGAAGACACACUUGACAGUAUCUUAGAUGCUUCCGCACACGCACCUGUUUCUGCUUUCACUGAUCAUCCAUUUGUCGGUCACGCAGGUGCCGAUAUCUAUGCGAGUGAGCAUACCCGGAAACCCUCCAAGAGCACUGAGCAGGACAAAGUGGACGCGAGAAAGAGUCGAAGCUCCCUCAACCUUCUAGACACUCGCCGGAACUCAAGCGGCGACCCCUUAAAUAAGUUGAAGAAACGGAACAGCUCCCAAGACUUAAACAGGUUGACUGUCAGGGCCAGCGCCAGCCGAAUGAGCUUAGGGGAUGAGCUUGAUGAUCCAAAUCAAGAAGGAAGAGGCCGCGAAGCAAGGGACGAAAUGACACCAACCGGCCGAUCCGUCGAUGGCGAUCAUAUCGUCCAUCCCGACGAUGAAGUUCAGCGGGAAGAAGAGGCGGAAGUGAAAGAGGAAGAGGAAGAGGAGGAGAAUCAGCAUCUCCAACAUUUUGGCCCUCCAACCACCCUUCUUGCAGAGCUUCAGAUGCGUAAGCAACAACAAAAGAGCCGCAAUUUAACUGCUGCAACCGCAUUUCCAAAUGGAAUGCAUGCCACUUUGCUCCAGCUCGACGCUGUGGCCGAGGUCGAAAAGAAUCGCCGCAAGGGACAAAAGGUCAAUCUUGCUUGGGAAGCUGCUCCUGCCUUAGGAGAUGAAGAUGAUGACUCAGAUGACGAUGUGCCCCUUGGUGUCCUUUUCCCUGCUCGUGAGGGACUAGCGAACAAGAGAACUGGAGCCGCCGCCCAACAGACGUCAGACUGGGAUCGUCCGUUGGGACUUAUCGCGCAGCGCGAGCUCGAGGAUAAUGAGCCACUAAGUCGGCGUCGCACUAGGCUCCUCGGCGUAGAUCCCAACAAAGCCAGAGAUCAUAGCCCGAGCAAGCGCCGGACACAGAUUCCGGAGAUCUCUCUAAGCCAGCAAUAUUUGGCCGACCCUGCUACAUCCACUCCUCAGCCUGAGGAGGAGGAGGACGAUGAAGGGGAGACUCUUGCGCAGCGCCUCCGCCGCCUCAAAAAUCGGCAAACGCUUGAUAACGCUCUUGACACUGAUGUGCGCAAGAGCACUGUCAGCGGUGACUUCGCCGCUGAGAUGUUGAGCCAGCUUGGGGUGUCCCCAGAAGAAGAAAAGCCGAAGAUAUCACCAAUUGCAGGGGAAGGAGAGGAGGAGACCCUUGGCCAACGCCGUGAGCGCUUGCGAGCCGAAGCGGUCGCCCGCGGUGAUGCCAAUCCUUUGGGCAGCCGUCCUCCUCUUCGAGCCUCGAUGAGUAUGGCAGAUAUUCUCUCAGCUCAUCCAGUCGACAACUCCAACGCAGCUCGCAAGGUCUCCGAUGAGCAGUUUUUAUCUGCUUUGCCCCAAGGCAGCCUCCUCCAAAAGAACGAGCUUAAACAGUCCCAAAGACGAGCUAACAUGUUGGAUGCGAACCGACGCAUUUCCAGCUACGGGAGUCUGGAUAAACCCCUUUUAGGAGAUGUCGGAAAGGAGGCACCUGAGCAGCCCAUCGACGCUAAAAUCCAGGCUUACAAGGACAAGAUGUACGGUGAGCGUACUGCAGCAACGCCUCAGACCGCACCACUAUCUGCACCCUCCAUGAUGUUCACCCCUCCAGUAGUGGGCGGCAUGCUUCCAAGCAUGCCAAGCAUGAAUUUCCCAGGACAGCGAGACAGCUACUUCCCCCAAACAAACAUGGGUAUGGCUCCUUUCGGAAUCAAUGCUAUGAAUCCUAUGGGCGUGGCACCCAACGGCUAUGGCCUUCCAGGUGCAAACAUGAUGCCCCAACCGAUGAUGGGCAUGAACAUGGGCAUGAAUAUGGGUAUGAACAUGAGUAUGGGUAUGGGCAUGGGCAUGGGCAUGCCUAUGAAUGGCAUGCAAGGCAUGACAUAUCCUUACCCUCAGGUGGGUGGUAUGCGGCAAUCCUCCAUGGUUAAUUUACCCAUGCAAAUGAACGGAAUGCCUAUGCAACAGUCUCUAGAGCCAGCAAUGGAUCCGAGGCAGAGGGAUAUGGUUGAUCGGUGGAGGCAAUCCAUCCGGCCUUGAGUGGAACCAGUCUUUAAACAGCAUCUUAGAUUGGCGUUUUGACUUUCCUUUUUUUUUUUUUAGCAUACUGACUUGUAUUGGGUACCGGUAGUGCAUUCCAUGGCGUCUAGUCGUUGUCAUGACGGACGGAUUCUGCAUAAAGCGCUCCCGGAAAUGCAUGGAAUACUGGGUAGGACCGGGAAGUGGGGAAAAUAAUGUGAUGAUAACGGAGGAUAUGUUCUUUUAUGUUCUCUUCCAUACUUUUCGGUUCUUAUAGCCUUUAAUUCUCUACCACAAAGUCUACAUUCUAGUUUACAUUGCAUGUCCUGCGGCAUGUCGGC